AUGGGCGAAUCUCGGCAAGAACUCGUGCAAUGGCUCAACAGCCUGCUGCAGCUCAACAUCACCAAGGUCGAGCAAUGUGGCACUGGUGCUGCGCUCUGCCAGGUGUACGACAGCAUCUUCCUUGACGUCCCCAUGUCGCGCGUCAAGUUCAACGUCAAUUCCGAAUACGCUUACAUACAGAAUUUCAAAGUCUUACAAAACACAUUCACGAAACACCAGAUCGACCGGACCGUCCCCGUCGAGUCGCUCGUCAAAUGCAAGAUGCAGGACAACCUCGAGUUCCUCCAGUGGACGAAGCGGUUCUGGGACCAAUACUACCCAGGCGGCGACUACGACGCAGUCGGCCGUCGUAAAUCCGGCCCAGCACCUGGCGUGGGUGGUGGCGGCGGUGGCGGACCCCGGGCAGCCAGCGGCGCAGCUCGACGUCCCGGCGGCACGACCCCGACCACGGGGGGCGCCCGCGCCGGCGUCAAGGCCGGAGGCGGUGCCGCUAGCGCCGCGCUGCAGCAGGAGAACACCACACUCAAGGAGACGGUCGUCGGCCUCGAGCGCGAGCGCGACUUUUACUUCAGCAAGCUCCGCGACAUUGAACUGCUGGUCCAGCAGGCUGUUGAUGAGGACCCCGAGCUGGAGAAGGCGGAGGAUGGCCUGGUCAAGCAGAUCCAGACCAUCCUCUACUCUACCGAAGAGGGCUUCGAGAUUCCCGAGGCGGAGCAGGCGGAGGACCAGGAGACAUUUUAA